ACGCGCAAGGUGGCGCGUGCGAGAGCCGGGGGUAGGGGCGGGUGACUAGGUUUAGUAGGGGACCUGGGGCCCGGGGCCGCCUUUGGACGCUCAUCUGCCAGCUUCUUUCUCUCCGCGAUUUGGAGGAGCUGUGGCGACCUCCACCUCCAGUGUCUCCAGCAGAGUGAAGCAGCAGUAGCGGCCGGGAUGGUGCUGCUGGGCUUACUGCAGGCGGGAGGGUCGGUGCUGGGACAAGCGAUGGAGAAGGUGACAGGUGGGAACCUUCUGUCCAUGCUGCUGCUCGCCUGCGUCUUCACCCUCAGCCUGGUCUACUUGCUCCGCCUCGCCGUCGGCCACCUAGUCCAGCUGCCGGCUGGCGCGAAAAGUCCACCGUACAUUUUCUCUCCAAUUCCAUUCCUUGGGCAUGCCAUAGCAUUUGGGAGAAGUCCAAUUGAGUUUCUGGAAAAUGCAUAUGAGAAGUAUGGACCUGUAUUUAGUUUCACCAUGGUAGGGAAGACAUUUACUUACCUUUUGGGGAGUGAUGCUGCUGCGCUGCUUUUUAAUAGUAAAAAUGAAGACCUGAAUGCCGAAGAUGUCUACAGUCGUCUGACAACGCCUGUGUUUGGGAAGGGAGUGGCCUAUGAUGUGCCUAAUCCGGUUUUCUUGGAACAGAAGAAAAUGUUAAAAAGUGGCCUUAACAUAGCCCACUUUCGGCAGCAUGUUUCUAUAAUUGAAAAAGAAACAAAGGAAUACUUUCAAAGUUGGGGAGAAAGUGGGGAAAAAAAUUUAUUUGAAGCUCUUUCUGAGCUCAUAAUUUUAACAGCUAGCCAUUGUUUACAUGGAAAGGAAAUCAGAAGUCAACUCAAUGAGAAGGUGGCACAGCUGUAUGCAGAUUUGGAUGGAGGUUUUAGCCAUGCAGCCUGGCUGUUACCAGGUUGGCUUCCUUUGCCUAGUUUCAGACGCAGGGACAGAGCUCAUCGAGAGAUCAAGAAUAUUUUCUACAAGGCAAUCCAGAAACGCAGACAGUCUGAAGAAAAAGUUGAUGACAUUCUGCAAACUUUACUAGAUUCUACAUACAAGGAUGGACGUCCUUUGUCAGAUGAUGAAGUAGCAGGGAUGCUUAUUGGACUGCUCUUGGCAGGGCAGCACACAUCCUCAACUACUAGUGCCUGGAUGGGCUUCUUUUUGGCCAGAGACAAAACACUUCAAGAAAAAUGUUAUUUAGAACAGCAAACAGUCUGUGGAGAGGAUCUGCCUCCUUUAGCUUACGACCAGCUCAAGGAUCUAAAUUUACUUGAUCGCUGUAUAAAAGAAACAUUAAGACUCAGACCUCCUAUAAUGACUAUGAUGAGAAUGGCCAAAACUCCUCAGACUGUGGCAGGAUAUACUAUCCCUCCUGGACAUCAGGUGUGUGUUUCUCCUACUGUCAAUCAAAGACUUAAAGACUCAUGGGUAGAACGUCUGGACUUUAAUCCCGAUCGCUAUUUACAAGAUAACCCAGCAUCAGGAGAGAAGUUUGCCUAUGUGCCAUUUGGAGCUGGGCGUCAUCGUUGUAUUGGGGAAAAUUUUGCCUAUGUUCAGAUUAAGACAAUUUGGUCCACCCUCCUUCGUUUAUAUGAAUUUGAUCUCAUUGAUGGAUAUUUUCCCACUGUGAAUUAUACAACUAUGAUUCACACUCCUGAAAACCCAGUUAUCCGUUACAAGCGAAGAUCACAGUGAAGAAGGCUGCAAGGAACUAAUAAUGGGAUACAUCACUGUAAGCUGCAAAAGCACUUGAAGAGAGUGGAGUUUAUGAAAUAACUAUGACAUAGCAACUGGUUUUUUUGAGUGUGUGAUUCUAAAAGCCAGUUCAACUUAAUGUUUUUAAUAUUUGAAUAACUGAAUGGUUCUGUCAGGUCAAUGGCAUUUGAGACAUUUCUAAGUUUUGAUACUUACCACCUACGUGUACUUUAAGAAAGUUUAUUUUGUAAAAAAAUUGUUCAUGGGGUCUAGAUAAUUGGUAGGUCCUAAGUAAAGCAGUUUCAGCUCUUGGAACAUAAGUUCAGCGUAUUCAAAUGUAUCCUAGUUCUGCAAGGUAUUAAAAAUUAAUUUAAAAAAGCACAGUGAGAUAAAAAAAAGCCACAGGUUAUUCAUUUAUCUGGGCAACUUUGUGUGUCAUGAUGGGAGGGUAAGGAAUAAACUCACAUCUAAAGCCUUGAAUAAAACAGAAUAUUAAUUGUUUUGGUAUGAUGAUAGCAGUGCAGCUGUAUUUUGAAAAAAAAAAUAUGUAUCCUUUGAGCUUUUUAACUGAAAACACUGUUUAUAUGAAAUUGAGAGAAAUCUAGGACCAUACUUGAUAAUAUCUCCUGAAAAUAAUGUAAUUACCAAUGCUAAUGACUGCUCAUGUAUCUAGAUUUAAUUACUUAAUAUUACAUAUUUAUAAAUAUGUAUCUGGUUCUACAAGGUUCACAUUCAAAAAAAUUUCCUUAGGGAAUAAUUUAUUUUUUCUCUAUGGGUCAAGGUGAUUUCCUGCUUCUUUUCCAGAAUCCAAUUAGGGAUGUUUCUGUUACUCUGUUGAUUAAAAUAAUUAAUAAAACUUAAAAAAAUACAAAAUGUGACAUCAGGGAACUCUGACUUUAAGGUAAGGUACUAUCUUAAAGCAGGGUCCUUGGGAAUAGUAUGAUAGGUCACAUUUUAAAGCCUGUUCAGGAAUCCACUUACCUCAAAUUAUAACUGCAGGCCCAACUAUGUGAGGUAUCUGUAGUUUGACUAGAUAGUCUGGUUUUACUAGGUGAGGCCGAGGGUUCUCCCUUAUGUGUAUGAUAGUCCUGUAUAAAAAGCUGGAAGACGGACUGUUGAACUGUAACUGUAAAGGAAGAAAUCUCUUUUGUUAGCCAAUUUCUCACAUUAAAAUCUUCUUUGAGAAAAGCA